GGGAGGGAGGAGGCGCGGCGGGGGCGCCGGGCGCCGCGGGCCUGCUCUGUUGUCGGCAGACGCGCGGCGCUCCGGGAGCGCCGGCCCUGGCCGCCAGCCUCCGGCCGCGGCACACAGGAUUGGGGACACUGCCAUUCCCUUGACGUCCUCGCAGGCCCGGCAUAGCGACCACUCCCAGGACAAGUGCAGGUUGGGGAAGGCGCCCUGCGAGCUUCCCGGGCCUGGGUGGCGGCGCGUCGCGGAGGGCGCGGGCAACAUCCCCGGCCGAGAGGCGAGCGACAUAGAACGGCUCCCACGCGGGCUGCCCAGCGAGGAAAUGAGUGAUGUCCCAGUCUAGUGCACAAAGAUGAGGACCCACACCCAGGAGGGCACGAAGUGAUGCCCACUCACGCCAUGUAGAAUGACUGCCCUGAGAGGGUGGUUCCCCAGACCUUGGCAGGGCUGCUGACCCUCAGUCUGCAAGUUGUGAAGAGCAGGACUCUUCCUGUGGAGGGUCCCCUGCCUUCCAGAUCCACCAUGAGGCUCCUCGUGGCUGCCCUCUUGCUAUCUUGGGCAGCUGGUACCACUGCCGCGGUACCUGUGGUACCCUGGCGUGUGCCCUGCCCUCCUCAGUGUGCCUGCCAGAUCCGGCCCUGGUACACGCCCCGGUCAUCCUACCGCGAGGCGGCCACUGUGGACUGCAAUGACCUCUUCCUGAUGGCAGUGCCUCCGGGGAUUCCCGCGGGGACACAGACCCUGCUCCUGCAGAGUAACAGUAUCAGCCGGAUAGACCAGACUGAGCUCGCCUACUUGACCAACCUCACAGAACUGGAUCUGUCCCAGAACAGCUUCUCAGAUGCCCGAGACUGUGACUUCCAGGCCCUGCCUCAGCUGCUGAGCCUACAUUUAGAAGAGAACCAGCUAAGCCGGCUGGAGGACCACAGCUUCGCUGGGCUGACCAGCCUGCAGGAGCUCUAUCUCAACCAUAACCAGCUGUGCCGCAUUGCCCCCAGGGCCUUUGAAGGUCUCAGCAACCUGCUGCGACUGCACCUCAACUCCAACCUGCUUAGGACCAUCGACAGCCGCUGGUUCGAUGUGCUGCCCAGCUUGGAAAUCCUCAUGAUUGGUGGCAACAAGGUGGACGCCAUCUUGGACAUGAACUUCCGACCCCUGGCCAACCUGCGCAGCCUGGUGCUGGCAGGCAUGAGCUUGCGGGAGAUCUCAGACUAUGCCCUAGAAGGACUGCAAAGUCUGGAGAGCCUCUCUUUCUACGACAAUCAGUUGGCCCAGGUACCCAAGCGGGCACUGGAGCAGGUGCCUGGGCUCAAGUUCCUAGACCUGAACAAAAACCCACUGCAGCGGGUAGGGCCGGGAGACUUCGCCAACAUGCUGCACCUCAAGGAAUUGGGACUGAACAACAUGGAGGAGCUGGUCUCCAUUGACAAGUUCGCCCUGGUAAAUCUCCCUGAGCUGACCAAGCUGGACAUCACCAAUAACCCGCGGCUUUCCUUCAUCCAUCCGCGCGCCUUCCACCACCUGCCCCAGAUGGAGACCCUCAUGCUCAACAACAACGCUCUCAGUGCCUUGCACCAGCAGACAGUAGAAUCUCUGCCCAACCUGCAGGAGGUGGGGCUCCACGGCAACCCCAUCCGCUGCGACUGUGUCAUCCGCUGGGCCAACGCCUCGGGCACCCACGUCCGUUUCAUCGAACCACAGUCCACCCUGUGUGCUGAGCCUCCGGACCUGAAGCGCCUCCCAGUCCGGGAGGUACCAUUCCGGGAGAUGACAGACCACUGCCUGCCCCUCAUCUCUCCCCGCAGCUUCCCUUCCAGGCUGCAGGUGGCCAGCGGAGAGAGCAUGGUACUUCACUGCCGGGCCCUGGCUGAACCAGAGCCUGAGAUCUACUGGGUCUCUCCAGCUGGAGUGCGACUGACACCUGCUCAUGCAGGCAGGAGGUACCGGGUGUUCCCCGAGGGGACCCUAGAGUUGAGAAGGGUGACAGCAGAAGAGGCGGGGCUAUAUACCUGUGUGGCCCAGAACCUGGUUGGGACUGACACUAAGACAGUCAGUGUUGUGGUUGGCCAUACUCCCUUCCAGCAAGGCAGGGACAAGGGACCAGGACUGGAGCUCCUUGUGCAGGAGACACACCCAUAUCAUGUCCUGCUAUCUUGGGUGCCCCCACCCAACAUAGUCUCCACCAACCUCACCUGGUCUAGCGCCUCCUCCCUCCAGGACCAUGAAGCCUCUGCUUUGGCUCGGCUGCCCCAGGGCACCCACCGCUACAACAUUACCCGCCUCCUGCCGGCCACAGAGUACUGGGCCUGCCUGCAAGUGGCCUUCGCUGAUGCCCACACCCAGUUGGCUUGUGUUUGGGCCAGGACUAAAGAGGCCUCUCCUUGCCAUAGAGCCCUGGGGGACCAGCCUGGGCUCAUAGCCAUCCUGGCUCUUGCCGUCCUUCUGCUGGCAGCUGGGCUUGCAGCCCACCUUGGCAGAGGCCAGCCCAAGCAGGGGGUGGGUGAGAAGAAGCCUCUGCUUCCAGCCUGGGCUUUCUGGGGCUGGAGCACCCCCUCUUUCCGAGUAGUGUCUGCACCCCUUGUCCUGCCCUGGAAUCCAGGGAGGAACCCGCCCAGAUGCUCAGAUGGAGAGACAGUGUCACCACCUUUGUCUCAACAUUCCUGAAGCUCCGCCAGGUCUCAGCAGUAGAGAAAUAACCAGGCCAACUCUACACUAAAAGAAAAGUCAUCUGGGCCAGACACCUGCCAGGAAAGUGGAGUCAAUCCACGUGCUCGAGGCCUAGCAGCUUGACCAAGAAAGAUGGGGCUCUGUGGCUCCUGGGGGUGCUCUUGCAGCUUCCAAAAUGGUGGCUGUUGCCUUCUGGGGGUCCUCAGCUACUAUUCUGAGGAGUGUCUCCAAGGAACAGGAAGGACUCUGCCGAGAGCCUCCUACCUCCCCAGAGGCAUCUGAACCUCAGCUUGGCUGUCCCCUGCCUGUGUCCCUAGGCCCCUGGCCCACAGGAUUGCCCCCUCCCUCUCUUUCUUUGUACAGUCUCGGUUGCUUGCUCAUCCCCCUCCUGGGCAAGGGCUGAAAGAGUCCUCUCCUUUCUGUCUUGGGAGCCUGCCCCAAAGUGGGAGUGUCCCCCAGCUGGAUCUGAAGGAUAUUUGGGGAGAGGGGUAUCCAGGGAUGCCUCGUCUCAUAGCCUGGGCUUCUGAAGUUGACUUUCUACAGGCAGUUUUGUACCUUUGUGGAGAAAUGUGUCACCUGUCCCCAACCCAAUUCACUCUUUUCUCCCGUUUUGUAAAAAAUAAAAAUAAACAAUAACAACAAC